AUGAAGUUUUUUUUUUCUGCUUUUUAUUCUAUUUGCACUUUUUUUUGUUGUCUCUGUCUGUCUGUGUGUCUCUCUCUCUCUCUGUGUGUGUGUGUGUGGGGUUAUGUUUGGGAUGGCGGCGGAAGGAUGGGGUUGAAUUAUACGAGUAAGGCUCAUCAGGCCGAACAGGAGGCGUCGAAGACUCCUGAAAGAGGAGAAGUGAGUGCGGGAUUUCCACUGGGCAAUGUCUUUGCGUUGCAGGAACCGAAGCACGCCCUGGCUGGUUUAUCCGGUGCCGCGCAGAAUCUUGUCGUUGGCGUGGGCGUUGGCCUUGGAAGCCUGUUGGCACUUCCGGUCGUGAAUGGGCAUAGGGACGGAGCGAAGGGGGUUGCUAAGGGUGUCGCCAUGGGUGUUGCUGCUUUGGUUGGCAUGACAACCUAUGGCGUGGCGACAGGGGCGAGGCAGUUUGCGAAGGGUGUGUACAACACAAAAGAAGCGGUUGUAGAGGCGGCAAGGGGCGAGCGUUACUGGGACAGUCAGCAGGGCCGUUGGGUGGACGUGCAUCUCGAUUCUGCCUUUGCCGAGCUGCCGGCGGGCGAUGAGGACCUUUUCACGCAGGCACGCGAGGCGUUUGGGAAGAUGUUCACGGGGAUAUCUUCCAAUACAACCCAUGCCAGUGAGGGAGCGGCAGCGGCGCCCUUGAAGGACUAUUAUGCCAUCAUGGGCGUUCAAAGGACGGCGACAGCGGCGGAGAUUCGCAGUGCGUUUCAUCGCAAGGCCCUUGAGAUGCACCCCGAUAAGAAUCCGAACAAUGCAGAGGCCACCUUGCGCUUUCAGGAGGUUCUUGAGGCGAAUAAUAUUCUAUCCGAUGAGGGGCGCCGUGCCCACUACGACAAGUACGGUUCUGCGGAUUCCAUCCUUGACCAAAACUCAUCGUACAUGCAGUUUGAGGAGGCACUCGGUGCCAACUUUAUGGAGAUGUUUGUGGGACGACUGUCUUAUGCGCUUUAUUUUAUUCCCAAUACGUUUUUAACGGAUGGACUGAAGAAGGAAUUUCAGCGGAGGCGGACACUACGUUUAGCACAGCGUCUUAUUUGUAUUGUGGACGACGAAGGAAGAUUAGAAGCCGUCUUGCCUGCGAUACGUGACGCCGUUUCUACACGAAUGGGACCGAAGUUGAUGUCAAUUGUGGCCCAACAAUACAUUGCUGCUGCCCGUCAGCACCUGUCUGGCAGUUUAUUUCUUCGGCAAUUAGAUAUAUUUGCAACGUCUAAAUGGUCGAGACUUGUACAAAUGGCAGAUGUAACCGCAGUGGGGAUACCAGCGGCGCUUAAAGCGGCACGAAGUACCUUGAAGGAAGAUGAUCAAGUAGAUAUUUUAGUGACACUGUGUGAGGGGGAUGUGCAGCGGACCGUUUUGCGUGCAUCGCGUCUUAUUUUGUAUGAUACCUCGGUUACAUCGGAGAAGAGGAGGAAACGAGCCGAAAAUCUGUCGAUACUAGGGAAAAUGGUGGAGGGAGUCUGCCGCAUGGCUCGCUCAAGUGAAUGA